UUACAUAUUGUAAUGGAGUGUUGAUAUUGUCAUUGAAACGACGAAAUGUGUAAACUUUUGGAGUUAUCCAGGCCUCCAUAAUAAUAUAUUAUAAGUUAAGUAAACAGAAAUGGCACAGAAGAAAACGAAAGGAACAUUAGAUGGAAAGAUCGCUGGUCUAUAUGAUCUGGAUAAGACGAUCGGCAAGGGGCAUUUUGCAGUUGUCAAACUUGCAAGACAUGUUUUUACUGGUGAAAGGGUUGCAGUCAAAGUUAUUGAUAAGACGAAACUUGAUGAAGUAUCUAAAUCACAUUUAUUUCAAGAGGUUCGGUGUAUGAAAUUAGUUCAGCACCCAAAUGUAGUUCGUCUUUACGAAGUGAUAGAUACUCAAACUAAACUGUACCUUAUUCUAGAACUUGGAGAUGGGGGAGAUUUGUAUGAUUAUAUUAUGAAACAUGAAAAAGGUCUAGGUGAAGAUUCAGCACGGAAAUAUUUUAGGCAAAUUGUAGAAGCAAUUUCUUACUGUCAUAAAUUACAUGUUGUACACAGAGAUUUGAAACCUGAAAACGUUGUGUUCUUUGAGAAACAAGGAAUAGUAAAAUUGACAGAUUUUGGCUUCAGUAAUAUGUUUAAGCCAAGUGAAAAACUUGAAACUGCCUGUGGAUCUUUAGCAUACUCAGCACCAGAGAUUUUACUAGGAGAUUCUUAUGAUCCUCCAGCAGUAGAUGUUUGGAGUUUAGGAGUAAUUCUGUUUAUGUUGUGUUGUGGAGAGCCACCAUUCCAAGAAGCCAAUGAUAGUGAAACAUUAACCAUGAUAUUGGAUUGUAAAUACAAAAUGCCAGUUCAUGUAUCACAAGAAUGUAAAGAUUUGGUUAGUAUUAUGUUAAAAAGAGAGCCAUCAGAAAGAGCGAGUUUAGAGGAGAUUUUAUGUCAUGAUUGGUUACAUAUGCAAAUGGAAGAUAUGCCACCAGCCGCAUUGCCACUGAUAUCACGCGAACAUCUGUCUGAAGAAGAUCAUAAUUACUUGGUGGAAAAAAUGGUGGAGGGAGAAAUCGGAACAAAAGAUGAAAUAUUAAAGUCUAUAGAAAAAGAUGAGUAUAGUCAUAUAACAGCAACAUACUACCUGUUGGCAGAGAGAAAGUUAAAGCAACAUCGGCAAGAAUUACAGAACUCACUGUCACAAAUUAGGAAACUCUCAGCUCCAUCUAGUGGUAAACCACAUUUGGAACCCCUUGCUCUUUCACCUCGGGCCAAAGCACGUAGUGUUAGUUGCCAAGAAAAUUGUUCAGCUUGUGGAAAAAUGAAAUGCGAUUGUAUACAGACAAAAGACAAUGACCAGAAAGAUGAACAAAUACUGCCAAAGAUUAGUAUAGUACAGUCCCUUGUGUCACCUCCUGGUACACACCCAUCACCUGGACAGUCCAUGUCAUUUACUCCUGACAGAGAUAGACUGUUACCACGGAAAUACAGCCUCAUUCAAGAGGAAUCAGAAGAUUAUGACGAUGAUGACAUGGAAGUUGAAGAAGUAGAUAUACAUCACGCUAGAUCGGCUGAAAACUUACUUGAUGAAUCAAGUUUUCGGCCAGAGGUAUUAUCACCCGUUGCUUAUGAAAAUAUGAACUUAAAGAGACCACUGAUUUCCGUUGCUAGCUCACCUCAGUUAUUAAAACAGAUCUGUGAAGAAAAUGAAUCAGAUGAAGAAGAUGAUUUUGUUCCAUCCAAGAUUCAUUCGCCACGAAUGAAAAAUAGAUCUCGAUGUGCAUCUCCGGAAAUGAUUAGAAAAUAUGAACAACGUAGAAGAAAAGGUGCAGGGUCAAGAGGUCAUAGUUGUAGUAGUUCUGAUGCUAGUGAUACUGAUGACACUGAAGGACGAUCAAGAAAGGACAAAUUGAAACAUAAGUUCAUGCAUCGUCGUAGAGACAGUAGUGAUCAUUCCAGUGAUACUGACGGUGGGCCCUCUGGACCAGGGGGAGGUAAUCUAGGAGGAGGAAGUGGUUUUGAUGGUGGACAUGGUCGUCCACCCAAAGAGAGAAAGGACAGAGAUCAUAAAGACGAUGGCGGAGGAAGUGGAAAAGGAAGCGGGUCAAAGGACAAUAAAAGUGGAAAAACUCGCCAGCAGAAUCAUUUAGUCAAUAAUGACUUGAAUGGACGAUUCGUCAACGGGAGAACGAGUGAAUUGAGUAUAUCGUCAGCAAUAUCUAACUUGAGUGUAGGUAGUAAAAAUAGUUUAAAAUACAUUGUUGAGAAGAAUGAAAGUGAUAUAGAAGACAACUGUAGUUCUAAUGACUGUUGUUCAUAUUCUGGAAGCUCACGGCAGAGUAGUCAGAACCCUGUAAUAUGUGAUUUUCAUUCGUUAACCAACUCUCCUCAUAAAGACUUCUUUAGGUUAGCUGAUAAAGAGAAUUUGUCUCAAUCUAAUACUCUGAUAUCAUCCUCCGUCUGUUCCCCAAAGGUCAAAAGUCGAAAAUUGAACAACAUGAAAGUGGAUAUAAAUCGUAAUGGCUACUGCCAUGUACACCAUAGUCAACAAGUUCAAACAGUCAAAGCUGAUACUAAAUGUUGCUCUGUUGUUUAAUGAACAAUCAUUCUAGUAUACUCGCUACUCUGAUUACUUUUUAUGAUAUGUAGAUUACUCUUUGUAUUUUCAUUGUGAAAAAUUACAUAAAAAGUCAGAAUUUUUACAUAAGGCAAGAUUGAGGAAAAUAUUUUAGUGUGAAUUUUACUCUUUUUUUUAGAUUUGUUAUUCUUUUCUCAUAUAUUCUUUUCCUCUGUUAGAAAGAUGUUCUGUUCUUAUUUAUUCUGUUAAAUUGUACUAAGUUUCAGUAUUAAUGUAAAUGAUUUUAAACCUUGAAUUGUACUUUCUGCAAAUUUGUACUAAAAAAUUGUUUUAAUCUUGUAAAUUUUCAGGUAAAUUUGAUGGCAUCUUGAUAAAUUCUUGGGUUGAAACUUUGCUAAUGGGUCACACACUUGCUCAUUAAAAUUUAACACAUAAAUGUAAGCCUGUUUUGUAAAGGCUAUUUCUGUAGUGUGAAACUCACAUUCUAUUGAUUUACAGUAAGACAGUAGAUAACGCAUGCACUUUAUGUGUUUAUGAAAGUUUUUACAGAUUUUUUUUUUUACAAGAUCUUUAUACCUCUGCAUAGAGUUUUUGACUACAUAAUGACCAGAGAAUUAGAUUUUGAAUAAUGAGAAAUAAAAUAUUUAAACUUUUAUUUUAAUUCAAAGCAUUUACAGUUCAAUUUUGACACUUUUUGAUUACCAAUAUUUACUUCUAGUUUGUUAGUGUUAAAAAUGUUUACUGCUUAAUUACCAAAAACAAUUAAUUGUGAUUUUCACAAACUCAUAUCAGGACCCCCAUCUUUUCUGUCAAUGUUCUUUUAAGUUAUUUCUGGUUGGAAAUUUUUUUUAUCGAAAUUUUAUUUUUCAAACAACUACAUUGUUUUAUUGUUUCUUAUCAAUAACAUUUCAUAUUUCCCUUACAGAUUUCACUAGUUCUAGUAAGCAUUCAUAUUUAUACAACCUAAAACUGAACAUUAAUUAUGUUGUUGCCAUGGUAUUUAACUUCCUGUUUCACUCCUUUUGAUAUUAAAAUCGCAGGUAACGACUGACAAUAAUUUUCACUUUGAUUACAGAAAUAAAUCGUCGUUGGCAUUUAACUAAAAAUAAAUACUGUGACAGCAUGUUUUUAAUCACUAAGCGAGAACCAAAAUCAAUUUGUUUUUUUAAAGAAACAAUCAAAACAUCAUCCUCAGACUUCUUGAUGAUCAUACAGAAACUUGAAAAACACACUCAUAUUAAUCACAUAUUUUUUAAUCAUAAAAAUGGCAAAUAAGUUGUAUAGGAUCUGGCAGUCUGUCUGUCUGUCUGUCAUCAUUUAGUUGUAAUCAUAGUCCAAAACAAAUAUUUCAAUGUUUGGUUUUGGAGAAAAUUCUGCAAAUUUCCUUACAAUUUCCCUUUUUUUCUUCUUCCAUAAUUUGAAUAUGUUCUUUUAAAAUUUAAAUUGGAAAGUUUACUUUUGAACCUGCUUUAAAGGUCACUUUUAUUAAGCAAACCUGUCUUGUCCAGUCUUCUCUCUUACAUGAUCACUUUUCUCUGUUCCCAAUAGUGACCUUUAUAUACAGGUGUGUGUGUACUUUAAAGGUUAAUUUGUAAUUUUCCUAAAGUUUGUGUGGUAGGACCACAAUGCAUUAGUUUUUACCUUCCAUCUGUGAAAUACUAGAUUAAUUAAUCAUUUUAUAUAAAAUAAAUUGUACAUGUUCAGCCAUCUUUUUGAUUUAAAGAUCACCACUCUUGAAGUCCUUCAUUUACUGAAAUAAUACAUUGUACUGUGCAUUGUUGGUCAAAGAGAGCUCUAUAUAAAGUCUAUAUAUGAACAAAUAAGUAAAUAUUGAAGCCUGAAAACAUCAUUCAAAUGAUAAGGAAACUAUUUCAUUAAUUCAUGUUUUUCUAAUGAUUUUUAAAGUACUCUCCUUGGGGAAAGAAAUAUUUGAUUUGUUAAAAAGGAUGUUUUUGAAUUCUUUUUGCGUAUUAUCAAUUGAAUGUUAUUUCAGAUUGUCCUUUAUAGUAAUGGUCAAGCAAAUUUCAUGUCAGGUUAUGUACGGGUUGAUCUUUAUAUUAGGUAAAUUGUCAUAAUUAGUAAAAAUUAAUCAUGUCUUUCUUGAAAGAAGGAGAAGAAGAAAGUUAUACAAUUUGUAAAAUACAAAACAUAGGUUUAUUAUAACUAAUUAUACUUAUAAUUGAUACAUUACAAAAUUUUAAAGAAUUUGGUUCAAAGGAAAGGUUAGGUAUAUACGUUGGAACUCAACAAAAUUAUUUUAUUUUGGUUACCGGAAUAUAUGUAUUGGAAAAAAUGAUCUAAAAAGUAUAAAAACAAGAAACUUAUUCAAUAUACAUUUUUCAGAUAAGUAUAAUUAAGAUUAGAACUUAAAAAAAAAUAUUUAGACUUCUGAAUCAGCUGACUAUUCAUAGUUUUAUUAUAGAGGCAAGGAAGAUAACCCAAAGAUGUUCAAGAAUUUUAUUUGCCAAGUAGAUUUAAUUCUAAACACAAUUCUUGAAAGGUUGGAUGAAAAAAAAAACACUCAGAUGAUCCCCAUGUACUAUUGCUUCUACAACCAAUAAAAACUGGCCGCCAUGUUAUUAAAAGUGGCAUUAAAAGGACAACAAACAAAUAAAAAAUCCAAACAAAAAUGAUUUUUAAUUCUGCAUAUGGGUAAUAUGAAAUAUUAGCUGCUUGAGACAACUUGAACCUUUUAUCUCAUUGGCUGUGUUCACUCUCUAACAAGCUUUUUAUUGGAACUUGCAGCUAAUAAUUUACACUAUCUGUAGAAAACCUGAUAAUUUAUACUUUUAUUUUAUGGAACAUGUUUUACAUGAUAGUGCUUAUUGUCUAUGUAUAUAUAUACAAACACACUUUUUUAAUCAUAAGUAAUGAUUGAUUUUCUUCAUUAUUGCUUUGACAAUCCAAAGUGAUACCAAUGGCAAAAUAUAGAUGUAUUUGAUGAUUAAUCUAAAAGUCAGAUAUUGAAUAAGAUAUCUUUCAUCUGUUAGCCGAUUUCAAAUUCUGAUUGUUCAUGGAAAGUGCUAUCCAUGGUACUGAAUUUAGUUCCAUCUAUAGUAUUAAUAUAUAAUUAUAUAUAUAUAUAUAUAUAUAUAUCAGUGAGAGUUGUGUGACUGAAUAGACUAGUAACCCCUUUGUCAUAGCAUAAUAAUACUGCAUACUUGUACGUUACUCCGUAUAAAAUAGAUUAUAUAUAAAAUUUAUACUCGUCCUUGUAGCUGUAACCAAAAAUAAGAAUCUUAUUUGAUGAGAAUGAGUCAUUUUGUUACUUGAUGAGAACAGACCAUGUAAGAAGGCAUGGUCACAGAUAUAAGUUAAUCUAGAAAAUAAGCAAUAUAACUUUAAAUGACCUCUUUUAUGUAUAUUUGUCAAAUUCCUAAAAUUCUAUGAAUAAUUUGGUUUUGCUUAUGUCAUAAAGGGAUUUUCUGGAUAAUAUUGAAUUAACAUAUUGAAUAUACAUUAUGAUCUAUUGUUAAGAUAUAACUGGUUGUGGAGUUGCAAAUUAGAACAGAAUAUAUAUAUCUUGUACAUCAUGUGAAAUUAAAAUUUUAUUGUACAUAUACAUAUAUACUAUAAUUAGAGGAGUAUUUAUGUUCCCACAGUAUGUAUAAAACCCCAUUUUAUUUAUUUUUAACUUGUUUGUAUUUGACGGACAAAAUGACUCACUGUUUUUAUUGUUUUAUAUUUUUUUGGAUUGUACAUAUGUUUUUUUUUUAUGUUAAUAGAAUUUUAGUCUAUUUUUACUGCCAGUAGUCAUAUAUAUGUUCAUAUAUAAUGUAAUUUUGCUUUUUUGUUAAUCCGGUUCACUAUUAGUAGUAGCACUUUGUUAUAUACAUGUAUCUUAAAAAACAUUUUACUAACUAUCGUCUUAGCAUACCUUGGCAUCUACACAUGUCAUUUUUUAAAGAUAUAAAAUUAUUAUAAUCAAAGUACAAAGAAAAUCAUUUUAAGUAUGAUUUACAUUUUUUAUGUUCAUCAGUCUGCUUGUAAAAAUACAGUUUAUCUUUUGUUAGAAUAGUAAUUUGUAAUUUGGCAAAGGUUAUUCCAUGCCAGAAUUAAUUAUAUUGGAUUUAAAAUAUAGGAUAGUCACUAGUGGCGUUCAAAACAAGUUUUCACAUUUUCACACAAAAACACAUUUAAUUUCUAAUUAAAAUUGUAUGGGUGGGGGUCAUGGCAAAAUAAGUACCUUCCAACCCCAUAAAACAAAUGUAAGAUAUUUCAGUUAUAUAUCCUCUUAUUGAUAAACUUACAUCUUUUACAUUUAAUUCAUUAAUUAUGACCUAUAUUUUAUGAUUGAAUGAUUUUAAGUUUAAUAUAUUCCCCUUAUCUGGAUCACCAUGACCUACUUUUACAAAUUACUGUUCCAGAAACUAAUGAUUUAUGAGUAAUCAUGAACGCAGAGUAUCUGUGUCAUGGAGACAAAUUCCCUCGUUUAAAACAAAUUUCAUGAAGGAAUAAGAAAAAAAAUUUUGGUCACUUUUUAUAUAUAAAUGUCUAAUAUUAACUACUUAGAACAAUACAUUUUUGUGGAUGAAGUGAUAUUUGUGAGACAUUAAAAAGUUGUUGAUAAUAUCAGCACUAAAUAAGUAACCUCAAACAAAUGCCAUGACAAUUCUAUGCUUAACAGUGAUAUAUCAAUCAUUUUUGAGUUAUUCAGGGAUAAUUUCAUUUCAUUGUAAGAUAAGACAUUUACAUUGUAUAUAUCAUACAGAACUGAAGUGAUUUCAGAUACUCUUUAAAACAGUGUUUUUUAAGUUUUCAUUUAUUUUACUCCUUGUGAAUUUCCUGACGAUAUAAUAAUGUUUCGACCCACUUUUCUGUAAGUCCAUAUCAAUAGAAAUUUUUAUAACCCAGAAAUAAUUCCUUUUCAUAUUGCCUCUUUCAUUGUGAACAAGUUCUCUUUAAGAAUGUUGUUGAUAAUAAGUGUUCUCAGUAAAGUGAUAUUUUGAUUAUAACCUGACUAGAUAUGGUUUUGAUAGUCAUACUAAAGAAGUAGAACAGGUUCAACGAGAAUAACAGCAAUUUAAUUAAAAGAACAGUUCCUUUGAGAAAUUGGUAAAAGUUUUUUGUGUCUUGCGUUCAUAAAUUCUACUUUUUUGUUUUCCAAAAAGUUACCCUUAAAAUAUAUUUUCCAGUAUAAAGUAAAUGACUUUUGUCCCAUUAUUUUUUUCCAAGAUAAGAUUAGAACCUAAAUUUAGGAUAGAUUCUAUCAAAGCUUGAAGUCAAUGGUGUUUUUAUUAGGCAGAGCUUUCUUUGGAGACUAAAAAAUCUAAAGAUUCUGUGUACACUGUUAUGUUUUGUCAGUGGAAAAUGUAUCAUAUGUAUAUGUUAUAGUAGGGAAUAUUGGAUGUUUAGAGCUGGUCUCUUCAAGAUGUAUCUAUAUUAAAAAACAUCCAUUACAACCAAAACUAUAUAGUUGUCAACACAUUUUCUUGCAAGUGGUCAAUUUUGUUUUAAUUUCAUCAGUAGCUGUUGAAUCUAACAUUGCUCAAGUGGAUGUAACUUGCGUAAAUUUCUAGGUUACACCAGAAGCAAACUAAUUUUUGAUUUACAUUAGCAAUAGUUAUUCCAUUAAAUUAUUUUUUGAAUAGCUCUCGGUAAUUAAAAUUGAAUUGGCCAGAUGUUAGAAAAUUGGUGAACAGUUGUAUGAUUUAUGGUUUAAAUAGAUAGUAAGCUUUAUGUAGAAUAUGUAUCAUUCAUUUAAUCAUUCAUUGUCAUCUGAGUAUUACUUUAUUAAUUUGACCUGGCUGUGUGUGGAAUGAAUGACUUUGUCAUAAAGGUAUUCUAUUGAAGGGUGCCCUACACUUUGAAAAUAGAUCUAAAAUAGAUUUGGCUCAUUUAAUUUUCAUAAAAUCAUGAUAGAAUAUUUACUUUGAUCUAUUGAAAAUAUAAAAAUUUCAAGAAAUUUGAACCACAUAAUUUACAGGAAUAAUUUUGUUGGAUGUAUAGCAGUUUGACAAACAACAAUUUUGAUCAUUGAGAAGCCUCAAAAUGUUCCAUAUUUUUUUCUUCAGUUUUGUAGAAUUAUUUAAAUCUUGUGUGUUAUUGUAUUAGAUAUUUGAUCAUUACACAAGAAAUUGGGAAAAGAUAGUUUAUUUUCUGAAAGUAAACACAAUUUAGCAGUAGCCAGGAGUAUUUUAUGCAUAGCAAUAACAAUUGUAAUGGUAUUUAAUUAAAGUAGUGGUAUUUUCACUUUAUACUUCAUAGCAGAUAAUGAUUUUGUAAUUCUUUUAAUAACUUUUAAGUCUGUUCGUUAUAUGGUGGAAUAUCAUCUUAUAGUGUAGAGAUCAUGAUACAAUGGAGCAUUUAUAUUCUUGUUUAUGUAUCAAAUUUAAAGCAGAUUUGCUCAAACUUUGUUCAUAUUUUUGAGUGCAACUGCCCAGAUUUAAUAUUUUCUCAAUAACUUUUUUUGAAAAUUGAUAGCAACCAAAAUAAAAUUGCCAAUGGCAACUCAUGGUUAAUAUCAUUUAAAUUACCUUUUAGGCGGUUUCCACAGAUAUCACAUUUUAUAUAAACAUUUUAUAUAAACAUGGGUUAAGGGAGAUAACUGUUGAAGUCUGUAAUGAAUUUGAUAUAGGCAGAUUUAUCAAUGUGGUUUAAGAAUUAAUGUGAUACAGAAUUAUCUGUUUUAUCUUGGAAAAUAUUUUUGAAAAAUGGUUGACACAAACGUUUAUAGGAUUUUUAAAGACUUAGGUCUACCAAAAUCGAUUACAUCUAAAAAAAUGCAUGAAAAUAAAAAGAAUUUGAAGCAUAUUUUUACUAAAUUCACCAUUUAAAUGCACAUUUUGACUGAAGAUAAUCAGACAACUGCUAUAUAUUAAAUUUUAAAUUGUGUGGGGAGGUGGAUGUAGUAACUAUAUUAAUUUAUUUACAUUUGUUUUGUUGGUGUGAAUGAAUAUUUUUCAAAAAGAUUUUGAAACACAAGUAACUGAUGUAUCUAGUUUGUCUUAAAAAUGUCUCUUUGUGAAAAGUAAUGCUCACAGGCUCAUUCAUUAUUUCAUAUUUGUAUCAAUUUUCAAAGAUUCUUAGGAGAAAAAUGGUAAGAAAUGUAAUGCAUUAAUCCACUAUCAUUCUUUAAGAGAAUCAAAAUUCCAUUUUUGCUUUUGGAUUGUUUUAGAUAAAUAUAAAAAUACUGCCAAAAUUUAAUUUUUGUCGAGCCUUCGACUUUUGUCGAAAAAGCGAGACAUAGCGAUCCUACAUUCCGUCGGCGUCGGCGGCGGCGUCCACAAAUAUUCACUCUGUGGUUAAAGUUUUUGAAAUUUUAAUAACUUUCUCAAACUAUCCUGGAUUUCUACCAAACUUGGACAGAAGCUUGUUUAUGAUCAUAAGAUAAUAUUCAAAAGUAAAUUUUGUAAAAAAAGAAUUCCAUUUUUUCCAUAUUUUACUUAUAAAUGGACUUAGUUUUUCUGAUAGGAAACAUUACAUUCACUCUGUGGUUAAAGUUUUUCAAAUUUUAAUAACUUUCUCAAACUAUCCUAGAUUUCUACCAAACUUGGACAGAAGCUUGUUUAUGAUCAUAAGAUAAUAUUCAAAAGUAAAUUUUGUAAAAAAAAAUUCCAUUUUUUCCGUAUUUUACUUAUAAAUGGACUUAGUUUUUCUGCCAGGAAACAUUACAUUCACUCUGUGGUUAAAGUUUUUGAAAUUUUAAUAACUUUCUUAAACUAUCCUGGAUUUCUACCAAACUUGGAAAGAAGCUUGUUUAUGAUCAUAAGAUAGUAUCCAGAAGUAAAUUUUGUAAAAAAAAAUUCCAUUUUUUCCGUAUUUUACUUAUAAAUGGACUUAGUUUUUCUUCCAGUUAACAUUACAUUCACUCUGUGGUUAAAGUUUUUAAAAUUUUAACAACUUUCUUAAACUAUCUUGGAUUUGUACCAAACUUGGACAGAAGCUUGUUUAUGAUCAAAAGCUAGUAUCUAGAAGGAAAUUUUUUUUAAAUUUUGUUCCAUUUUUUCCGUUUUUUACUUAUAAAUGGACUUAGUUUUUCUUCCAGUUAACAUUACAUACAGUCUGCAGUUUAAGUUUUUAAAACGUUUAUUAGAUUCAUAAACUAUCCUGGAUUUUUACCAAACUUUGACAGAAGCUACUUACAAUCAAAAGAUAGUGUAGAGAGGAAUAUUUUUUAUUAAUUUUUUUCCUUAUUUUUGUUGAGCCUGCGAUUAACAGCAAAAGUAGGCGAGACACUGGGUUCCGCGGAACCCUUACGAAUUUUUUAUUGAAAUAAUGGUUAAAAUUGGCAUCUUGCACUUUAAAAAGAUAAUCAUGUAGUCAUAUUAUUGAGGCAUUUUUAAGACAUAUUACAGCAAUUUGUUACUGUAAAGGGAGUUAACUCAAGGUUAUUAAUUGUCACAUCAUCAUACAAGAGGUACACAUAUGUACAAAGAUAUUAGUGUAUAUAUAUAAUGGACAUGUAACCACAAUGUGGUUCUUGUUUAGCUUAGAUUGCUUUGUCUAUACCAACCUCAGUGCUCUAUUUGUGUGUGAGAGGUGAUCAGAAUAAAAUGUUUGAGAAUGUG